UACUACUUUACUCAAUAGCAGUAGGAACAAGGGAUGCGCGCGUCGAGUGUGAAAGAGUCACUUCGCACUAAUCCUCCCCCAACGAUACAAUGAACGACCCUGGCCUUGAUGGACCGAUCGACGAUGCCUACGAUCAGGUCAGAGAAAAUGUCAUCGAAGCCAAGGAUAAAGAGCAUCCUCAGGAUGACAUGGAUGAGGAAGAGGAGGAAAGAAACUUCUUGAUGCCUGCAAGAUGGUGGUAUGCGUCGACCGGAUUCCCUCUCGUUGCCGGCACGUUCGGCCCAAUGGCCAAUGCAUUCAGUGUCUGUGCCUUGGUAGAGAAUUGGAGAGUCUCGAUCCCGCCAGGUGGCACAGAGGAACACGGUAAAGACAUAAAGGACCCAGGAUGGCUCAUUGCUGUGAACGCCGUCUCACUCGUUUGCGCCUUGAUCGCCAACAUGUCACUCCUCCUUAACAUGGCUCGCCGAGUGCCCUUCAAGAUUGCCCAACCCAUAACCAUCCUAGGCUUCUGGUUUGCCUCCGUCCUCCUCAUCGCCCUCGUUGCCGUGGCCGCUCACGACUUCCACGCACCCGGGGUGAAAGAUCAGGCACUAUCCCAAGCAUAUUACUAUGCUAUCUUCGCUGCCGGCCUAUACCAGAUCAUCUCCUAUCUGAUGUGUUGUACCGUGUACGGUGCUUACAAAGGCUACUAUAGCAGGGAAUUCAAGCUCACCGUCGCUCAACGCACGUUGAUGCUGCAAACCAUUGCAUACUUGGUCUAUCUGCUUCUGGGAGCACUGGUGUAUUCCAAAAUCGAAGGGUGGAGGUUUUUGGAUGCUGUGUUUUGGGCCGACUUCACCACUCUCACUAUCGGCAUUGGUGAUGAUUAUACUCCGUCGACUCAUCUGGGUCGAAGCUUAAUCUUUCCGUUCGCCAUUGGUGGUAUCAUCAUUCUGGGUCUUGUGGUCGGGUCGAUCAGAUCACUCAUUUUAGAUAGAGGAAAGAAGAAAAUGUCUGCUCGAUUGACCGAGAAGAGCCGUGCUCGACUGGUCAAGGAGAUCGCGAAAGCCACGCAGAGGAGAGACAAGCAGCGCAAGACCAUCAUGGGUAUCAAAGGAGAUACCGCAGCCGCAUUGCAGGUCAAGCCAGGCGAAGAGAAAAUUGCAGAACUCGACCGAAGGGCUGCCGAGUUUGAGGCCAUGCGGAACGUCCAGGCCCGAGCCGCUACAGAACGCAAGUAUAUGAGCCUUGGGAUCUCCGCCUUUGCAUUUACAUUCUUGUGGACCAUUGGGGCACUCGUUUUCUUCAAGGCAGAGCGGAAUCAGGACUGGAGCUAUUUUGAGGCUUUUUACUUCUCUUACACAACCCUCUUGACUAUCGGAUAUGGAGACUUUCAGCCUAUCAGCAACAGCGGCAAACCCUUCUUUGUGUUUUGGUCAUUGCUGGCCGUACCCUCUUUGACGAUCUUGAUAUCCGAUAUGGGCGAUACUGUUGUCAAAACCAUCAAAGACGUCACCAUCUGGUUGGGUGAGAUUUCUGUCCUGCCUAGCGAUGAGAACAGCACGAAGGAGAGGUUGAAACAUGGUAUCUACAAAGCCACCCUGGGAAAGGCAGCUUCGCCUCACGAGGACGUCGAAAACGGCGCCGACGAGGCUGGUACGUCCGGAUACCAAGAAUUGCACCCCGGCUUAACGAAGCUGUUCAAGAGAGGUGGAGGAAGAAGGCGGCAACCAGAAUCUAGAAAGGAUCGCGCCAACCAAGACCACAUGGCCAAAGACUUUGAGGACGCAGAAAAGAAAGACGAGGGUGAAGCUCGCGACAAAGGAGAUCGCUGGGAAGAGGAUGAACAUCAUUACCGACACGUCCUCAUCAGUGCAAUCCGACGAGUCUACGAAGACACCACAGCAUCGACUCCGAAGGAAUACCGAUAUGACGAAUGGGUAUAUUUCCUGAGGCUGCUGGGCGAGGAUGAGCACGAUGCAUCGGCCCACCGACAUGCCGCGGACAUUGAAAACGAUUUUAGUGGACAUGAUGAUGAUACCACUCAGGCAAAAGCAUUGGAGUUGAGCGGACAAGAAGGUGCGUUCGCAUCGGGGACUGACAAAGCCCCGAACCAGAAAGGAGAGAAAGUCAAAUGGAGCUGGAUUGGCAACCGAAGCCCACUGAUGGGCGACAAGGAAGAAGCUGAAUGGCUUUUGGAAAAGUUGUUCAUUCGACUGGAAGAGAGUCUUCGAGGAGAAGGAAAUGAGAAGGAAGAACAAGUUAAGGGCGAAACAAAGAGGAAUCAUCCGCAAGAGGACGGGACGAACGAGCAGAGAGAAGCGACUGAGAAGCACAUGCAGAGUAAAGAACAGGACAAAGAUCCGGAAGAAAGGAAGAAACACGAGGAAGAAGACGAAGAAGGCUCGAGUGAAAAAACUGUGACAGGCGACGAAUAAUGGCUAGGGUGGUGUUGAGGCAAACAAUGAAGAGUCGGACAAGGCUGACGGCGUUUGGAUGUUCCCAUUUGGGAAGCUUUUGUCGCUAAUGAUCUCCUU